AAAAAAAAUUGCCAUGGAGGGUGGUCUCGACACCAUAGCCAGCGACAACAAGCACGCGCCGAGUUUCAUUGAACAGCACAGCACUGCUAUCUCGAUCGUAGUGUUGUUCGUGGGGUUUCUCCACUGCUGUUGGGUGAUGUACAAAGCUGUCUACCCCUUUUGGCAAGAACUGAAGAAACUCGACGCUCAAGAACAGGCCGACGACACUGCCAUCGCAGAAGCCUUCAAGAACGGCAAGUUGGCAAAUCCCAAAAAACGAACCAAGUCGACCAAACUCGAUUAACUCCAGUUGGAAUCUGUUGUGACCGAGUAAUCCCAGUGCAUGAAGACUGCCACAAUAAGUACCUCUCGACUCGCUUGAAACCGCAAAACCCGCAUGCCAAUGCACACACGAAAAUUCGUUGCAAAGUUACCAUCACUUGCAAUGGCCAUCACAGAUUGUUCA